AUGAAUGUGGUAUUACGUUUGGGAGUCUGGGUUUUACAUAUGCACUUACAAUUAGUGCCUGAGACAAAACAAAUCAGGAGAGACAGCAGCGAAUUCAAUGGAUGGAAAUGUUGCCUAGGGAGGUUCUGGGUGUUUAUACGAUGUGUUCACUCCAUGUACAUUGCUUUGCCAAGGUAUGAUGGUCAGGAAGUGUUCAGUAAAGAUGUGUUCAGUCUAUGUACACUGACAUUGGCCAGCAAAGAUAUGUUCAGUCUAUGUACAUUGACAUUGGCCAGCAAAGAUGUGUUCAGUCUAUGUACAUUGACAUUGGCCAGCAAAGAUGUGUUUAGUCUAUGUACAUUGGCCAGUAAAGAUGUGUUCAGUCUAUGUACAUUGGCCAGCAAAGAUGUGUUCAGUCUAUGUACAUUGACAUUGGCCAGUAAAGAAGUGUUUAGUCUAUGUACAUUGACAUUGGCCAGCAAAGAUGUGUUCAUUCUAUGUACAUUGACCAGUAAAGAUGUGUUCAGUCUAUGUACAUUGACAUUGGCCAGUAAAGAUGUGUUCAGUCUAUGUAGAUGGAGAUUGGCCAGCAAAGAUGUGUUCAGUUUAUGUACAUUGACAUUGGCCAACAAAGAUGUGUUCAGUCUAUGUACAUUGACAUUGGCCAGUAAAGAUGUUAAAGAUGUGUUUAGUCUAUGUACAUUGACAUUGGCCAGUAAAGAUGUGUUCAGUCUAUGUACAUUGACAUUGGCCAGCAAAGAUGUGCUCAGUCUAUGUACAUUGACAUUGGCCAGUAAAGAUGUGUUCAGUCUAUGUACACUGAAAUUGGCCAGUAAAGAUGUGUUUAGUCUAUGUACAUUGACAUUGGCCAGUAAAGAUGUGCUCAGUCUAUGUUCAUUGACAUUGGCCAGUAAAGAUGUGUUCAGUCUAUGUACAUUGACAUUGGCCAGCAAAGAUGUGUUCAGUCUAUGUAGAUGGACAUUGGCCAGCAAAGAUGUGUUCAGUUUAUGUACAUUGACAUUGGCCAACAAAGAUGUGUUCAGUCUAUGUACAUUGACAUUGGCCAGUAAAGAUGUGUUUAGUCUAUGUACAUUGACAUUGGCCAGCAAAGAUGUGUUUAGUCUAUGUACAUUGACAUUGGCCAGUAAAGAUGUGUUCAGUCUAUGUACAUUGACAUUGGCCAGCAAAGAUGUGCUCAGUCUAUGUACAUUGACAUUGGCCAGUAAAGAUGUGCUCAGUCUAUGUACAUUGACAUUGGCCAGUAAAGGUGUGUUUAGUCUAUGUACAUUGACAUUGGCCAGUAAAGAUGUGUUUAGUCUAUGUACAUUGACAUUGGCCAGUAAAGAUGUGUUUAGUCUAUGUACAUUGACAUUGGCCAAAUGCCAGAAUGGACAUCCAUACACUAUAGGAGAUUGUGGUAACCCUGCUAGUGUAAGUCGAUGUCGAGACUGUAAUGUUCCUAUUGGUGGACAGGGUUACAAACUUGAACAAGGAAACAGACAAGCCAGACAGAGAUACCUAGUCAUCAAGGGUAAGUGUACAUCUAUGUUGGCAGGAGAUACCAAGUCACCAAGGGAUGUUUCAGCUGCAAUUGAUCCUCAUAUCACCCCCAAUGGAGUCCACAUGUUUCUAUGGCAACAUCUUCAGUAUGAUCUUCAUCUGCUGUCUAGAUCUAGUGGUAAAAGUGUUGAUGAUGCAGCUUUGACAGUACAUAUGGUGCUCCAUAGAAUACUGAAAGAAAAACCACUAGAUGGUCAACAUUUUGAUGGACAUCUGAAGACCAAGAAGUCUAGAGCUAACUGGGAAGACAUAUUCACACGUUCCUAUAUCAGUCCAGUUGUUGAAGAUUUAGCUCGAAAAUUACAAGUAGCCAAUCAUAAAGUUCAGAAUGAUAAACGGCUCGGUAACAAUCCAUUAUUGAGACUUUUAUACGAGGUAGAUCCACCUUCUGAAAAGUUGACAAUUAAGUCCUUGUACAAUGUACCUACUGUGUGGAGAUACAGAUCUAGAGUUACAAUUGAACAUCUUACACAUGCUUUACAAGAGAACACCGCUGGAUGCAAGAAACAUUUCCCUAUUCUUCAAGAAUUCCUCGAUAAGGAAUAUAAAUUACGUGCAUUAAAGUACUUACCUGAUAUUGUGCAUUUACAACAACUAUUAAUAGAUGAAUAUCAUAGAAAUAUUGAUAUUCAUGAAGCAACUAACUUAAAGAUUGGUAAAUUCCUGAAUAAGUUGCCAAGAGGUCAUGUUCGUGACAAAUACACAAGACUUAUCAAGAGUUUCAGUCUAGCUUGGAAUCUUGUCAGGAAUGAAAUAGCUAACUAUGGUGGCUUAUAUGUUAGUAAAGAGCUAUGCAGUCAACCAAUAGAUGAGAAUAGUAGUAUAGCUAUGGUGUUACCAACCAGGAAAGCUGAUGGAGUCUGUUCUACUGCAUUGGUAGAUUUCCUGAUCAUUACGCAGAAUGAAUUUAUUGACCAAUACGUCAGAAUAUGCAAAGUGGAUAGUAGUGAUGAUGAGAUUCUGCCAUGUGACUUGACGCCAGCACAUCUCAUUGCUUAUGAUCCAGAGAAAGAUCUCCUUCCUAUAGUGCUGUCACAUUGUAGUUAUUCACUUCAAGUUGGACGUGGCACGCUGGUGGAAUAUAAUCUAAGUGGUCUGGAAAGACAGCUGGAAGAGAGAUUCAUUCAUGGGAAAGCCAAGAUAAAGAGAAAGAUAGAACAGCUUGUGUUCCGUCAGGAUUCUAGAGAUGCUGCAGUAUUUGAAUCACUGCGUAAUAGGAUACAACAAGAAUCCCUGUCUAAAGCCAUUCAGCACCAGAUAGUAACAGAAAUGAAAUCCUUGACUGAUGUAUGUGACUCUUUGGCAUGCCUGGACAUUGCUAUUGGAUUCUUAGCAUCAUCAGGUGGAAAAGCUGAUAUGUACAUCAUCAAAUACUUGGUAGAUACGUUGAAGAUGGACAAAGAGAAUAUGAAGGUGAGACACUCUUGUCAGCUGAAGCAUAUUCUGUCUCUAUGGCAACUAUUAGCUGUGGAAAAAGCGAGAAGACUGACCCUCAAUUCCCAGGACCCAUUUGACAUCCGGGAUUUUAGAGACCAACUGACUGAAGGACAAAUAGAGAAUUUACAACAAGCCCUGCAACAUAUACAGGUGGAUGCACUGGUUAAUGAAUUACAUGAUUAUAUCGUUAUUGGUUUGGAGAAACAGAAAAACUUGAUGCAAGAUGAACAACAAGAUGUUGAUAACUGGAAAUUGUCUGAAAUUCUACCAGUUUACAUUGAGAAUAAGGAAGGUGAGCCAAUCACUGGCUUUGUUGAACAUUUCCCGGAAGACAUCCUUAUCAAACAUAUCAUGAGUACAUGGGAAGAAGUCAUCAAAUACCAAUAUAAAGAUGCCAGUAGACGUUAA